UCUAUUGUGUCGCUAUUGUCCGCCUCAGCUCCUGCUUGGAUGUUCCAUCAAGUCUAGGGCUUUUAUAUUGUUCUCUUGCAAUUAGUGAUUCCGUGUGGUGACGUGUAUAGAGAAUGAGAGAAAAUUCAGGAGUAGUACCUGUGUUUUCCUCAUUCUCUUGUAUUUUCUUUUUGUUUCGGUAGUGGUUUCUAGGGUUUUCGCUUAAUUCAUUAGGUUUUAGUCGAAAAUGCCAGCUCAUCGAUCCAAGUCCGAGAGAAGCGAUGCCGGGAAGCAGCUCCGCCGGGACCCCUACGAGGUUCUUGGAGUUUCUAGGAACUGUACGGAGCAGGAAAUCAAGAGCGCUUACCGUAAAAUGGCCCUUAAGUACCAUCCUGAUAAGAAUGCAAAUGAUCCUGUGGCAGCUGAUAUGUUUAAGGAGGUUACAUUUUCCUAUAAUAUCUUGUCUGAUCCUGACAAGCGGCGUCAGUAUGAUGCAGCUGGUUUUGAGGCUGUUGAAUCAGAAAGUCAAGAGUUGGAGCUAGAUCUUUCCAGUUUGGGAGCAGUGAACACCAUGUUUGCUGCACUUUUUAGUAAACUUGGUGUGCCAAUCAAGACCACUGUAUCAGCAACUGUGUUGGAAGAGGCACUUAAUGGUGUGGUCUCCAUUCGCCCACUCCUUUUGGGCCAACCUAUAACCAGGAAGGUUGAAAAACAAUGUGCUCAUUUCUAUUCUGUCACAAUAACAGAAGAGGAAGCACGGGCUGGAUUUGUGUGCCGAGUGCAAUCGUCUGACAAGAGCAAAUUCAAGUUAUUGUAUUUUGAUCAGGAAGGGAGCAGUGGAUUGAGCCUUGCACUGCAGGAGGACAGCACAAAAACUGGGAAGGUGACAGCUGCUGGCAUGUAUUUACUUGGUUUCCCAGUUUACCGGUUAGAUCAAACAGCCAACUCGAUGGCUGCUGCAAAGGAUCCAGAUGCUGCCUUCUUUAAAAAACUGGAUGUGUUUCAACCAUGUGAAAUAACUGAACUGAAGGCAGGCACACAUACAUUUGCUGUUUAUGGUGAUAAUUUUUUUAAAAGUGCAAGCUACACGAUAGAAGCCCUUUGUGCUGCUCCUUUUACAGAAGAAAAGGAGAAUCUUAGAGCUGUGGAAGCUCAAAUUCUGACAAAAAGAGUGGAGUUAUCGAAGUUUGAAAAUGAAUACCGAGAGGUCCUGGCACAAUUUUCAGAGAUGACCAGUAGAUAUGCACAAGAAAUGCAAGCUAUUGAUGAGCUUCUUAAACAAAGGAAUGAAAUUCAUGCCUCGUACACAACUGCCCUUCCAAUGAAGCGGAGUUCAAGUAAGAACAGAAGUCGGGGUUCACCAAAGGAGGUCAAAGAGGAAGGCCAAGUGAGAGAGAAAAAAUAUACAGGGAGGGAUAGAUCAAAGAAGAAGAAAUGGUUCAAUGUCCACUUAAAAGUUGGCAAGCGAAAGCCAUGCUAAAAAAGACGAGCAUGUGGAAUCAACUAUCCAUGGGAUAAUUCUUCAAUUAUCAUUCUUUGUUGUGGUGGUUUGGCAUCUGUGCUAGCGAAAAACAAGGCUAAAAAGUUCCUGCUUCCCAAGUGUAGUAGUCAGUGAUGAAAUGCACAUAGUGAAUGCGGUGGAAUGGCAACAUUUCUCCAGCAUGGCAAGGGUGACAACAGCUCAUUGUUAUCGUAAAAUUCUUUCCUUCCUUUUCCCAUGCCUGGGUCAUUCUCGUGUUAGUUUUUCAUCGGUAUCUAGCUAGCAUACCUGUAAAUGCAUAAAUUAUUCUUGAAGAUCCUUUCAGCCACAUCUUAGCCUCGGUUGUAACUUAGGAUUAAAGAAAUGAAAAAUUAGUGCACUUCACGGGCCUA